AUGAAAACAACCCCUAAAAUCAUCUUUUUCACGGAUUUUGAUGGGACAAUCACGCUUCAAGACAGCAAUGAUUUCUUGACCGAAAAUCUUGGCUAUGGCAGAGCAAGACGCGAACAAGUCAAUGAUGACAUCCUGGAAGGCAGGAUCAGCUUUCGCGAUGCCUUCCGCGAUAUGCUCGAUAGCAUCAAAGCCCCCUACGACGAGUGUAUCGAGGUGCUCCUGAAGAACAUUAAAAUGGACCCGUACUUUCUUGAAUUUUAUAACUGGGCUAAGGAGAACAAUGUGCCAAUUGUGAUCAUGUCAUCUGGAAUGAUUCCCAUCAUCCGGGCACUGAUGGAGAAAUUUCUGGGCCAGGCGCUCGACGAUCAUCUUCACAUCGUGGCCAACAGUGUGGAAAGUCGCGAUGGCAAGGAUAUCAACACCGAAGGUGGCUGGCAGAUUAAGUACCAUGACGACAGCCACUUCGGCCACGACAAGUCCUUGGAGAUCAAACCUUACGCCGCCAUGCCAGCUAGCGAGAGGCCUACCCUUCUGUAUGCGGGAGAUGGCGUUUCCGACGCAUCUGCUGCCUCCGAGACCGACCUUCUGUUUGCCAAGAAGGGCAAAGAUCUGGUGACAAUCUGUAAGCGUCAAGGACGGCCGUUUACUGUUUUUGAGGACUGGAGGUCCAUUCUUGCGACCUCCAAGGAUAUCCUGAGUGGCAAAGUGUCGCCCAAGACAGUGGCCCAGGAAGGUGCCAAGAAGGCGCCAACAAGGUCUAAACUCGGAGCUGAUUGCGGUGGAUUUGUCAGAUUUAUGCCUAUCGACAGCACUCCAUAG